AUGGAUAAUAUACAAGGAUACUCAAGUGAAAAUGAGAGCGACAAUGACGCGAAGACAACUAGUACAACAAAAUUGAAGUCAUUCAAGGUGUUUAAUAACGAUAAGUAUACGAAAAAUAAAAUUGUAUUACACCAACCAUUACAUAUAGAGUUUCGGGAAAAUACUACUGAAAAAUAUGAAGAAGAAUCUUCUGAUGUAGACAAUGAAAUACGGCAAAAUGAUGCUCAGGAUACGGAGAAGAGUUCAGACAAAACUGAACAGAACAUGACUGAACCAAAAAUGACUGAAUUCAACACGAGUGAAUUUUAUGAGGAGAAUGCGAUAAACCAAGACAAGUACGAGGGACAACUGAAAUCCAAUCAACCUUUGAAACAACUCUCAAACGUACGACUGCAUCAAUUGUCAAAUAUUAUUAGAUUAGGUCAGGCCAAUGAAGCGAAAUUACACGAAUUACACGGGGGGAGUAAAGUACACAAGCCAAAAACACUGAAGAAUAAAAAAUAA